GGGAGGAACCAUUGUUUAAUUAGUUAUGUUUUUAUUUCCCUAGUCAUUUUUAACACAACGAAGAACUUCAAUUAUUUACCACACCCAAAUUCCAUACAUUUUCAUGCUUCCAAUUCUUGUACCUCCCACUUCUUAGGACAAUCAUGUCAAAAAGGGACAACUAUUACUCAUGUUGCAGAUGGUUUCACUGAAAUCAUCAUAGAGUAUAGAAACCAAUCAAGAAAAACACAGACGGCUUAAUAAAAUUGCUGCUUGCAUGUCAUGUAACCCCAUCAACCCCUUUCCGUAUGUUUCUUGCUUUAUCUUUACUUCUAUCUGAUUUGCAUUGAAAAAAACAUCAGAUUUGAAACCAAAGUCCCCCAGAUUUUAAAAACCUAAUCACCCAAUUUCCACGUGAAUCUUCAAUUAUAAUUAACCAUGUCAAGUUUCAAACUUUUCCUCUCCAAAACCAUGAUUUUACAACAAUCUUAAAAAAAAAAAAAAUCAGACUUUGAAGCAAGAAGAGAGAAAAAAGCUUCAUCUUUAUUUUUGGUUUCUGCAAAUCCAUCAAGAAUAUCCCAGAAAAAUCAAAACCCAGAAUUCUUUGUUCAACACAAAAACAUAAAAGAGAUUUUUUUUUUCUUUUGUAAAAGAGAAAAUUUUUUAAGGGAAAUGCCAAGCGUAGCUGUAAAAUUAUACAGUGUAUUCUUCAAGUUCCUCUUGAAGCACCGUUUGCAGAACCGGAUCCAAACCCCUCUCGACGAAUCCUCCAAUCCAUACGGUGUCACAACCCGACCCGAAGAAUCCGUUUCCGCCUCCAACCCUUCUUUCACCGACGGUGUCGCCACCAAAGAUAUCCACAUCGACCCAUUCACUGCCCUUUCUAUUCGGAUCUUCCUCCCCGAAUCGUCCCUUUCUCCUCCCGAACAACCCGAGCCGAAAUCCAAGCCCAGAUCGUUCCAGCAAGACGACCCCAAUUCCCUUAAUCGCCGGAGGAAUAGUUAUGGCGCGCCUGAUAUUGGAGCCCCGAGAGAUGAUCCGAGAAGAAGCAGUUUUGAAGGGUUAAAUUUAAGAUCCAACAAUAGUGUUUAUCAAGGUUAUUCACCAUUAGUUCAAAAUUGUCGAAAAUUGCCGAUAAUAUUACAGUUUCACGGCGGCGGUUGGGUGAGUGGCAGCAAUGACUCGGUGGCUAACGAUUUUUUUUGUCGGAGAAUAUCGAGAUUGUGUGAUGUUGUAGUCGUGGCGGUUGGUUAUAGGUUGGCUCCGGAGAAUAAGUAUCCGGCGGCGUUUGAGGAUGGAUUGAAGGUGUUGAAUUGGUUAGGAAAGCAAGCGAAUUUAGCUGAGUGUAGUAAGUCGAUGGGGAGUGGGGCGCGUGGGGUUGGAGCAGAGUUUACCAAGGCUGAAGUUCAGAGACAUAUUGUGGAUGCUUUCGGGGCUUCUAUGGUUGAGCCGUGGUUGGCAGCUCAUGGAGAUCCAUCAAGAUGUGUUCUACUUGGGGUGAGCUGUGGAGCAAACAUUGCAGAUUAUGUGGCUCGCAAAGCUGUUGAGGCAGGCAGGCUUCUGGAUCCUGUCAAGGUUGUAGCACAGGUCCUAAUGUACCCAUUCUUCAUUGGAAAUGUUCCCACGCAGUCCGAAAUAAAGUUGGCAAACUCCUACUUCUAUGACAAGGCAAUGUGCCUACUUGCAUGGAAACUGUUUCUACCCGAGGAAGAGUUCAGCCUGGACCACCCAGCUGCCAAUCCACUCAUUCCGGACAGGGGCCCACCUCUGAAGCUCAUGCCCCCAACACUGACAGUUGUAGCAGAACAUGACUGGAUGAGAGACCGGGCGAUUGCUUACUCAGAGGCACUUCGGAAGGUAAAUGUUGAUGCACCUGUUCUUGAGUAUAAGGAUGCAGUUCAUGAAUUUGCAACCCUUGACAUGCUUCUAAAGACCCCUCAGGCUCAGGCCUGUGCUGAGGACAUUGCCAUCUGGGUUAAGAAGUACAUCUCAUUUCGAGGUCAUGAGUUCUCUUAUUAAGUGGGAGGUUUCAAAUGUGGAAAAAGAUUUGCAGCAGAGCAUCAUCCACCAGCAUCAUUUUCUGUUUAUUCAGUUGAAAAAGAGAAUGAUGCAAGGUUACCAUCCACAGGAUUGGGAUAAUUUAUUGCAUUUGUUCUUCUUGCUAAUCCAUCACCAGGCUUGUACCUCAGUUUCCAAGUUUAUCCCAUGUCCUGUUCUGUUCUUUUUGUAAGAUAUAGUAACUUUUCUGAUAGUA